CCUUUCCCCAAUCCUAGGGAUUCCAUCUAGGGUUACCUAUUUCCCUCUACCACAAUCGCGCCGAUCCUUCGCCCCUCAUCCUCAUCCUCCUCCACAAUCCACACCACCACAGCGCGUCAGCCAUGGAUCCGGCGAAAGGCGUCAUGGUGAUGAGGAGUGUCCUGUGGCGUUUGAACCAACUCGCCGACGCCCCGGGGCCGAUGUGGGAAAGCAUCUAUUGUUCUAGGAAGGUGGCCUACGGAUGCGGGAGGCACGGCCAGAAGGUUGUGGAAGGCAUCACGCUUUUCCGGAGCCUCCCCGACCACCAGGAUGUCACCUCCUCGAUGACCAUCCGCCUGAGCGCCGAGGCCAUCGGAAUCGUCAAAGCGGAUCUCGGCCUCGGCUCCCGCAGCGCGCUCCAGCCCCAGGGCUUCGUCCAGGCCGCCAGCGAGGGCCUCCUCGUCCUCGCCGUCAACUUCAGCGUCCAUAACCCCAGCAAUCGCGGGUACUACCUCGUCUACGACUCCACCGACGCGUCGCUCUACAUGACCCCCUGCCUGCCGACUCGCCUCGUGUGCUCCUACACCCCGGCGCCCGUCCCCCGGCGCAUCGACGGCGGCGGAUCCGAGCCCCAGCUGGUCCUCCUGGCGCAUCCGUACCGGUCCUGUCACCCCGACGACGAGGACUUGCUCUGCCUGUGCACUCCGGCGGCGCGGUCGCCGGGCAUCACCGACCGGCUGUGGGAUAUAAAGGCGCUGUGCUUCCCUCAUCUUCAUCUUCCUGGCUCCUUCAACGUGCAGGUGACGUUCUCGUUCCAAGGCAAGGUCUUCUGGGCCGAUCUCUCGCGAGGCCUCGCGUACUGCGAACUGCGGGCUGCUACAAACUCCGCCGUGCAGUUUGACUUCAUCAACUUGCCCUAUGGGUAUGAGAUUCAUCUUGAUGACUUGCCUGAGGAUGGCUCGAUGGAGCCGCCCGAGAUGGACCGUACCAUUGGCUGCAUUGGGGGCUGCAUCAAAUUCAUCUGCAUUGACCGACCCCGGGGACGUUCUGGCAAUUGGAUGUUGAGGUUUUGGACUCUUGACCUGGGUCGCAAGAAGUGGCAAGCCGAGGAAGGUUUACUCUGGAAAGAGCUCUGGGAGCAAAUCGACUUCAUGGGCAGCGCAAGGUUGUGGGAUGUGGAGCCCCGGUACCCGGUGCUGAUGCCGGAUGAUACCCUCUGCCUCGUGCUGGAAGACAUGCGCCACAGGAGAGUGUGGUCUCCUGUGGACAGUGUGGAGGUUGAUCGCAUCUGCCGCUUUGACAUUUUCAGCAAGACCCCCGUGUGGCAUGGAAAAGUUGGCCACUACUCCAUAUGGCCUGUUAUGUUACCUGGCGAUUUCUUCACCAAGUGCUAUCCUCCUUCUGAUCCACGCAAGAGCCAGCUGCUAGGACGCAAGCGGAAGCUGCAAAGCAUCGUGGCAAGCGGAAGCUGCAAAGCAUCGUGAGGCAGACGCCGAGGUCGUUCAGUACUGCGUUCUCAUUGAGGAUGAAUUGAAGUCAAGGGGGGGCAUGCUGAAAGGUACCAAGCCAAGGGUUGUGCACCUUCUUCUACUGUAUCUGGUGCCAUCUGUAUUCUUUUGGAGAGGCUGCUUACUUGUUGGGGAUUAUGUUUCCAGUGCCAAAGCAUAGUUCGGGGCACUGAAACCCUGCUGCCAUCAGUGCUUAUGACUUUGUCCUUAAAUUUAUCGUAGCCUAUUUAUGCUUGUUUCUGAACCUCAUGUGGUUGUGAGACAUGACUUUACCUGCUUGAGUCCUGGUCUAUUGAAACCAUAUCUAUGUCUAUGUGCCUGGCCUGAUUAUUUUCUCA